AAUGUCUCUCCACAUAUAUUGGCCAUGAUUGCCACUUGAAAGUUGAUCAGAAGAUUUUGAACAUUGAAGUGAAGACAUGCACUAAUAUAUGAACCGUGUUACAUGAUUUUUCACGAACGUGUUGCACGAACAGCCUUUUCCUAUAAAAACCUUGUCUCCAAUUUUUGUGGUAUAUCCAUCACCACCUUCACCUUCUUAGAUUAUUAGCUCUCUCUGUCUCUGUAAUUCUCUCUUAAUUUACCAAACAAUCAAUUUGAUUUCAACAAAAUUACUGCUAUGUUGCCAAGGAGUAGAACUCUCCCUAGCAGAAUCCACCAUGGAGUAGUAGAAGAGAGGCAUGACAUCAGGCACUACUUGCAAGUAGAAGUGCAGCCUAAAGCGCAGACUGAAAGUGAAGCCAUAAAUCCGCAAUCAAACUAUUCCAAGUGUUUUGAUGAUGAUGGCCGCUUGAAGAGAACAGGAACAUUUUGGACAGCUUCAUCCCAUAUAAUCACAGCAGUGAUAGGGUCAGGAGUCCUAUCAUUGGCAUGGGCAAUAGGGCAGCUUGGAUGGGUGGCAGGACCAAUUGUUAUGUUUCUAUUUGCAGUUGUUAAUCUCUACACUUCUAACCUCCUCUCACAGUGCUAUAGAACUGGUGACCCUCUCACUGGUCAGAGAAAUUAUACCUACAUGGAUGCUGUCAAGGCCAACUUAGGAGGAAAGAGUGUCAUGGUUUGUGGUCUGAUUCAAUACUUGAAUCUCUUUGGUGUUGCAAUUGGGUACACUAUAGCAGCCUCAGUCAGUAUGAUGGCAAUAAAAAGAUCAAAUUGUUUCCACAAGAGUAGUGGGAAGGACCCUUGUCACAUGUCCAGUAAUGGGUAUAUGAUAACAUUUGGAAUCAUAGAGGUGUUAUUUUCUCAAAUCCCGGACUUUGAUCAAGUAUGGUGGCUCUCUAUUGUAGCUGCUAUUAUGUCAUUCACGUACUCCUCAGUCGGUCUUGGUCUUGGCAUUGGAAAGGUUGCAGAAAAUAAGAGCUUCAAAGGAAGCUUGACAGGCAUCGGCAUAGGAACAACAACACAUGCUGGCACAGUUACAGCUAUGCAGAAGCUAUGGAGGAGCUUACAAGCUCUUGGAGCUAUUGCUUUCGCAUACUCUUUCUCCCUCGUCCUCAUUGAGAUUCAAGAUACAAUAAGGUCUCCACCUGCAGAGCACAAAACCAUGAAAAAAGCAACUUUCUUUAGCAUCGUCGUAACCACGAUCUUCUAUAUGCUCUGUGGAUGCUUUGGCUAUGCUGCCUUUGGUGAUACGGCUCCUGGAAAUCUGUUAACCGGCUUUGGAUUCUACAAUCCUUACUGGUUGCUAGACAUUGCAAAUGUUGCAAUUGUUGUUCAUCUCGUAGGCGCAUACCAGGUAUUCUGCCAACCAUUGUAUGCAUUCGUAGAAAAAUGGAGUGCGCGGAAGUGGCCAAAGAGUGACUUUGUAACAGCAGAAUAUGAGAUCCCCAUCCCCUUCUCUGGUGUAUAUCAGCUCAACUUUUUCAGGGUUGUAUGGAGGACCUUGUUUGUGAUAUUGACAACUAUAAUAGCCAUGCUUAUGCCCUUCUUCAAUGAUGUAGUUGGGAUACUAGGGGCUAUGGGGUUCUGGCCUUUGACAGUUUACUUUCCAACUGAGAUGUACAUCGCUCAGCAGAAGAUUGGUCCACGGACAACCAGAUGGCUUGGACUUCAGAUACUCAGUGUUACCUGCCUUUUUGUAACCAUCGCUGCUGCAAUUGGCUCUGUUGCUGGAGUAGUUUUGGAUCUCAAGACAUACAAGCCAUUCAAGACUAGUUACUGAGGGAGACCAGUUGAAUGGAUAACUAUACAGAGAAAUGGUUAGAAGAUUUCAUGUUGUGGCUGUAAGAACAACCAACACUAGAAUUUACAGUUCCAGUAAGGAAUAAAAUCUCUCUUAAAAUUAUGUGCAUGUCAAAACCUAAUCACCAUUACCCAAAAAGCCAGGGUUUCAGCAAAAUUAAUCAGGACAACAAUUGGUAAAUUCAUAAGAAACAAAAACAACGAGGGCACAAAGCAUUUUUACUUAAUCGGCCAUGAAGUGUAAUACAAUCUCCAGUUUGCAUUCUAUGACAAUUUUACAACAAAAAACUUGUCCUUUAUCAACUCAAAGGUCAACCAUGAACCAACAUAGUAGUGAGAUACGCUAUUAAUAAACAAUACACACAAAACCCAACAAUUUCAGAUACUUCUAUUUGUUCUUGGCCUUCAGUUCAGCAGAAUUUGCCUUUGCAACUGCUUUUGCAAGAGUUGUAGGUUUGAACACGCUCUUGGGAUUAAGAGCCUUUCUUAUCUU